CCCCCGCGAACAGAUUAUCAGUUCCCUCUCCGCACUCUCACCAGUCUACCUUUUAAGUCGUUCCUAGGUAAACGUUGGGGUUUAGCUUUCUCUGCAAGCACUUGGCCAUGGCUUCUCAUCUCUCCUUGAUCUCUGUCUUCUUCCUCUUCGGUCUCACAUUACCUUCCUUAUCCUUAAGCGUUCCGGCGAAGCUUUUACUGGAGGAAGGUUACACGGUUACGACGGUGAUGAACGGUCACAAACUGAACAUCAAUCCAUACGCGAUUCUUCCUCGACCGGGAUCGUCGGAUUUCCUCGUUCUUGAUUCUUCUGGUAGUUCGAUCUACACAGUAUCUUUUCAAUCGUCUCCAGAUGGUGUAGUUGUUAACCGGUUAUCUGGGGAUCGGGCUCACGUCGCCGAUUAUCAGGACGGGGAAUUGGGUUCUGCCUGGUUCAAUCAUCCCCGGAGCUUCGCUGUUGAUUUGAAAGGGAAUGUAUAUGUUGCUGAUAAGAACAAUAUGGUUAUAAGAAAAAUCACCAACACAGUGGUGGUUUUAGGGGUGACUACAAUUGCUGGAGGUUACUCACGGAAGGAAGGGCAUGAUGAUGGUCCCGCGCAGAAUGCAACAUUCUCAAAUGCUUUUGACCUGUUUUUUAUCCCUGAGAUGUGUGCUUUACUGAUUUCGGACCAUGGGAAUUUAUUGGUUCGCCGAAUUGACCUUAAGCCAGAAGAUUGUAAAAGGACUUCUAAAUCUGCACUCGGAGCUGCUGCAGGUUGGGUUCUGGGAUUGGGACUUUCAUGUUUAUUUGGAAUACUUGUUGGAAUUGUACUUCGCCCAUAUAUCAUUCCCUCUGAAGGCCACAGUCUAUGCAGCUUCAGCAAGACAUGGAAGCACUGCCUAAUCUCUCUGGAGAGAAAGCUGCUGACACUUUUCUGCGGCAGCAGAAACGCAAUUGCUAGCUUUGUGCUUUAUGUGCCGCUCAUGCAAAAACUCUUUUGGUUGUGUGUUUCUCAUCUCUCUCUUAUGUUUAAAAUAAACAAUGUACAGUCUAGAACUUCAAACAGGGAAGUUAUCUCUUUGCUUGACUGUGAUGUCCCUGGUCACACUGAGAUACGAAAUCCUCCUAUGUAUACCGAACAAUUGAAGGUCUCGUUUAGUUCUGAUGGAAUACUGGAACAUUCAAGCUCAAUAAAUGAAAUCAUCUUUAAGCAAAGAGAAGAAAAUCAAGAGACGGGUGAUGUUUCAUCCGACCACCAUGAAAGGCUGGAUGCUAUGAUACAAGCUAACUUCAUGGGCUUCACUGCUAUGGACAAAGAAACAACGCCACUAGAUUGUUCUUCUGUAGGUAAUUCAGGUUUAGUGAAGAGGAGAUGAAGCAACUUUGACCAUCUCUCUAUGUUGAAGCUACUAGUCUUAUCACUAAUGAGCUUGUAAAUACCUAAGAUUUCGUGUGUACGGUGUGCUCCUUUUGUUAUCUUGUGAUAUGGUAUAUAUUUUCAUGUUUGGCCCUUUAUUUA